AGACAAAAAUAACAUUUGGGCGAGUUGUAGGAAAACUGGAGGAGGUCCACGAUGGUCUUGCGUUCACGUGAGAAGUUACUGAGUUUGUGGUGAUGUGUUCGUGCAUGUGGUCAGGCAUGGUAGGCGUGGUGAGAGAGGUGAUAUGGGGUCUAACAGCCCUGGUGCAGCCCGCAGCCCACGUGGUGCUGGUGGGCUUGGAAGGGGCUGGCAAGACCACAGCGUUGUUGCGGUUACGGUACAGUCAGUACGUCGAGGCAUCGCCUACAGUCGCAUUCAACACGGAAAAAGUUCGUGUCGGCGGCGGGUCUUGGCUCAUUUGGGACGUUGGUGGAGCUGAAAGACUGCGACCUCUGUGGCGGCCCUACACCAGAGCCUGUGAUGCUCUCAUAUUCGUGGUCGACAGCUGCUCCGACGCUGAGCGACUGGAGGAAGCUCGGCUCGAGCUACACCGGCUCGUCAAGCAGCAGGCCAAUCAGUGCACGACGUUGCAUAGGCCUAAGCCUCCCAUCCUCGUUAUUGCCAACAAGCAAGACUUGCCGGGAUCCAGACUGCCUAAUUUCCUGUCUGUUGCACUCGGGCUGCCAGAUUUGCCAGAGUCUCAGCCGUGGGCAAUUGCACCGGCCUGCUCCGUCACGGGAGAAGGGCUGGAGGAGGCCAUGAGCGUCCUGCAUCAUCUCGUCACGAAGGUUAGGAGGGCACCACCACCCUCCAGCCUGCCUGCGCCUCCUCUCAAGCCGUCCAGUUGAAGUAGUGACUUAUCUUACAAAAAGAAAAAACAAUAAAAACAGAUCAAUCAACUAAAGAAUUUCUUUUCUAAAUCGGCAUUAAAGAAAUAACAUUGCAACGGCGUAGAGCGCUACAACUACAGUCUCUAAAAUGAUUGAGGUUUACCAGUGAUUUUAAAUAGAAUUGUUGUGCUCUGAUCAGAUCGAGCUCGGUCAAAACAUGGUACAAGUUCAUCAAAAAUGAUACUGAUUGUUCUUCAAUGAUUUCAGUUCGUGCCUAAUAAAUGCUGACAGCCUUCAUUGAAAUAAGGUAUUCGGAUCAUCUUCAGAUAUGAAUUUAUCGUGUAAAAUAUGUGUGAUCAUUCUAAAAUAUUAUGCUAAAGUGACGUUUCCCUUUGAAAGAAACGUCAACUAUAAAGCUGCAACCAAAUUUAUUGAUGCUCUUACUCAACAUCCGUUUUUUAUCUGGAAACAUCAAACUUUUGCUCAGCAUCACAUUACUCAACAUCGGAAAUUUACUCAAAAAUGUUUGAUUUCACUAAUAUGUACUCAGCAUUGCAUGACGCAUCAUCAAACAAUUUCUCAUUAUCGCAUCGCUGGACAGAAAUAGUUUACUCAAAAUUACUCCACUCGCAGUAUCAAUAUGUACUCACAAUCACUCGACUUAUAAUCUAAUAUUUCCUCAGUGGUAUGGCGUCAAAUGUGGUCUGCGAACUUCAGUAACUAUAAAUUUAACUGCACUAUAGUGGUCUGUCACCACUAUAGGGAAGCAGACUGUACUGAUAUUCAUUAGUAUUCCAGUGUAAGUGGCCAGUGAUAUACUCAGGGAGGAGUUCUAUUUAACAUCUAGAAUUCUAGAUGGUGAAUAAAUAAAUAUCAAGUUCCAGCCAGUUUCAGUGAGUGACAUUACUAGGUUAUCUGCAGAAGCAUAUGUUCAAAAAUAGAAUAGACAGAAAAUAAGAUCUAAAGAAUGGAAGUAAAUAACAACUGUGCACAGGCUGGUGGAAUACGGGGAUACCCAAAUCGGAAUCAAAGUUUUGCUUGAAUCCAGCCAAGCCACGCCUAUUAUAUUCUGCUGCCUACUGAAGAUGGAUUGCGGGAAGAUGUCCUCCACCAGCACGGUAGAAGGGUUUUCAACAAGGAUCAUGAACCAUUAAUCAUAAGUUUUUAUUACUGUUAUUAUGUAACAAUGUAAACUGUGCAUUACGGUCUUCAACUAUCAAUAGGGUUAUGCAGUCCAGCCUGUAAACACACAUCUUGUACCAUUAAGUUCCCCAAUGUUUGAUUCGAGACGAGUUCAGUAAAAUUAUCUUUCGAUGCUGGUGUGCAACUCGGAUUAAAUUCGUGCUUCGUGGCACAUUAUUAAUGCAUUAUCAGCGUACUGGAAUACUAGAUUACUUUCUUAAUCGUUUAUCGAGUGUUUAAUACAGGUGAUAGUCUCAUGAAACUUACGCAUUCUUUUCUAUGCCCUCAUUUUUAAACGCUUCUUUCUUCCAUUGAGCCCUAAAAUGGCAGUCCCUCAUUCCAUAUAAAAUUUGUAUCAUGUCCAUUCACCUUCUUUGAUCAUCCUGUGCACUUAGUGCAUCAUACUUGAAUAAAUGGUGAAAAAUUUCUGAUCACCCUCUCCGUAGUUCUAAAACAAACUGUGCAUUAUGAUUGAUGACUGAACUCAACUAUAUUUCAUCUGUUUUUUUCUGACUGAGAAAGCAAGAUACUCUUUCUCUGCCUAAUUAGCUUCCUAAGCUUUAAAGCUACAGCUGAGAAUUUCCAUGCAAAAAAUUAACGAAGAUGUGAGCCGCUGGCGUCGGGGCCAGACGUACGUGCAGUGAGCGUCGUCUGCACAUCUCUGCCGGGUUGGUCGCUAGCGUCAUGAGAGUUUCCCACGCUUGCUCUGAUGCUUCCCCUGCUGCUUUUGCUGCCAUCUUGUGUUAUUCAUUGUGUGAUACUUCUCUGGCUAUUGAUUUAUUUUCUCUUACGAUACAAGCAUGUUCUUAAUUAGGAUGCUUUCCUCAAUAAGUUGUCGUUGUUCCUUCCAAAGAUCGCUAUCUUUUAUUGUCGAAAAUGUUUCCACUGAGGAAGAAAUAAAAGCGUGAGAAUGUUUUGAAUUGCAAGUUCCAAUAGAGUCAAAAAUCUAUUUGGAAACGAAAAGAAUACAAUUGCAAAGUUGUAGUAAAGGCAUUCGAUGAUUACAAGAGUUCUGAAUUUUUAAAUACAGUAUGUUACUGUGGAUCUAUAGACUUCCGCGUCUGCCCAGAAAUCGAAUGCGUAGGCGAUAAAUGAAUGUUCUGCAUUAAAUUUAAAAAAUCGAAUUUUUGGACUAUACUUUAGAGGUGACGCAGUAGAUCGAUCUUGUUUUCUCACUGGAAGGCAGCAAGUGCCUGAUAGACCACAAGCUCAUCAGCCACGGGUAUUGGAGAGCCGUGAGGCGCACGCACAGCAACGGCCACUUCUUUUCAAAGGCAAUCAUGCGCGCAGUGCACAGCCUGGGCUGUGCCUUUGGUCGCGUUACGUGGAUGCGCUCAGCGUCGGCUGUGGCUUAAACGAUUAAGGCGGUGGCGGGCUAUUCCUGUAAACGACGUGCUAGUGAAAUUCCUGUCAGCUACGUACCCGUGAGAUUCCUGUCAGCUACUUACCCGUGAGAUUCCUGUCAGCUACAUACCCGUGAGAUUCCUGUCAGCUACUUACCCGUAAGAUUCCUGUCAGCUACGUACCCGUGAGAUUCCUGUCAGCUACGUAACCGUGAAAUUCCUGUGGGUGACGUACCCCUAAAAUUCUUGUGAGCGUUCCUUCACACUAAGCGCUUGAAUGUGUAAACCCACUCAUUUACAUUUGUUUCGAAAUGCUCAAAAUCGAAAUUAGUGUAUAAACCACGAAACUUUCUUUUUUUUGCGAGAUAUAUCACAUGAAUACUGGGCCGUUGUUUGGUUCUGCGUGUUAGGUUGUAAUUCAGAGACUUUAUUAUGCCCACACCGAGACCUGUAUAAAUUUUUAGAGUGGUAAGGUUCGUGCAGAAGAAUUCCUUGUCAUCUAGGCGUGACAAACCUAAAAAGCGGGAAAUCUUUCCCAUGGUCCUGGCAUUUUUCGAGUCAAAGGCAGCGCAUUUUCCCACAAAGGCCGUAAUAGGAUACCCGCUUCAUGGUCCAUUUAUAACUCGCAAAUGGCGAUGUGCGGUGAGCCUUUCUAUUUUACCGGCAUUGGAGGCAACGGUGCAAGUUCCAUCGAUUGCCGAUUGAUUGAGGAUUCUUGUCGCUGCCAAAUAUUUCACAUGACUGUGUGAUGGAAACUUUUCUUGUAUUAAUUUCGUUUGGAAUUCAUGUUACCAGCUUUGAGAAUAAUGUAUAUCGAAAAAUGUCUGGAAUACAUUGAAAAUGGUUGCGAAAAAUUAAAUUGUAGGUCACGGAAAUUAUUUUGUAAUGUUAAUUCUUUCUAAUAAUUUCGACAAACUUAUUAAGCCAAUUUCGCUAACAUAACAUAAGUCCAUUUUUCUAUUUCUUCAGCUUCUCAGACAAUUUUGUACGUCCCAAAAGCUACAUUGUUCGAUAUAUUUGACACAAGAACAUACAGUCGAUGACUGUACGUAUUCUGCGAACAAUGGGGAACAAACAGGUCGAUAAGGGACCAAACAGGCAAUGAGUUAGUAAAAAUACUCCAAUUGUUCCGGUCAGGAUAAGGCGCUUGAUAGAUGAUCUCAGCCCGAGAGGGUGCAUGCUCUUCUUUUGUAAUGUUCAACAACACCUAAUUCUGCCCGAGGCACUGAACUCUCUGCACCUUUCAGUAGUUACAAUAAUUUCUUUACGCGUAUGAUUUUUUUUACCUAUCUGCAGAUAUUUUAGCCCGAGGUUUCUUUUGUGUAAAUCUAGAUAAAUUUUGGAAGUAGUUAUUGUUUGAGUUUACGCGUAGGAUCUUAUAAACGCUUGCAGUAGUGCAUGCACAUUGCUUGCAGUGAGCCCACAUAAAGCGGAAGUUCAGUCAUUCUAGGAUAAAAAGAUAAGUUCGCGCAAUGAUGGCUGCCCUACACGUCAGGUUGCGGAGUGCCUGCUGAGAACCGUCGUCCCGCCAGCCGCGUGAGAGCCGCGCUCUGCGUGAGAACAACGCACAGCGACAACAACGCGUCUCUGGCACAGAGUUCAAAUAAGGAUAAUUGAUGCGGCGAAGGAAUACUGAAGCAACGAGCGAACAGCAUGACUUUAACAUGGAAAGCGGCCUGGAAUGAAAAGCCGAAAACAUUUCGAAAAGUUAAUUAUUCUGUAUGUAGUGUGAAAGCCAUCUUAGAUUGUAAUAUAUUCAGGGCCUGAAAAUUCAGUAGGAAGAGUUUUGCUGACCUUUUCUGACCCAUUCAGAGUGUGGGUAGGCAUCACAAAGAAGCGGGCAUUGAGCUAAAGUAUAACACUGGGAACAAUAUUACCUUUUCGAUCGCGCGCCACAAAGAAACAAAGCCAAGUAAUGCCAAGGUACUCAACUGGAAACUGCCCAGAGAUGCGCCACGAAUAAUCACACAACCGCCUAGUAGGAUACCAUGGGUCGUAAAAGUCGUGCUCCUUUUACUUCAGCUACUUCAGCGAGGUUCAGAUUUACUUUCCGAACGUAACAUCAUCUACUCUUACGAAGCGUGAGGAAGUUUUCUUGCUGGCUAAUAAUUGUUCCACAAUACAUUCGGAUCAUUGAUUGUCUACUAAACCGCACUCGUGAUGUCGAAAUUCGACCAGAUCAAGCUUUCUCCGUUAAAACGCAUACAUUUAAAUUGCUUUUGCAUUAGCUAAGAUUUGUAUUAAAUGGAGAUUUGAAUGAUAGUGUCCUGAUAUCUUACUGAAUCCAUGUAUCGAGAAGGUACUGGGCUUGGUAGAUAGGCAGACCUUCACAGACCGAGGUCGCCAUUUUUACCUGAUCGUGCCAACGCCCUUCAUUGUCUAAAGCUUCGUUAGUGACAGCCUUCUCACUCCUUCAAUUCAACCGCUUCCGGAAAUCUCUAUAGGCAUAAAUCAUGAUAAAUUUCACUGUGAAUCCGUUAUUCACGUUGGGAACCUUUUUACCAUUACGUUUCAUAUUUCUUGUCUUGGCUAUCCUCAUUCUGCGAGGAAAGGCGGAGUUAUGCAAUGGUUCAUUCCUGAGCCUAUCAUGAGUUGAAUCAAGCGAUAGUAUUUACCCCAUGCUGAAAUAAAGUAAUUUCACCCAAAGUACGUGCACCGGCGGUUCCCAUUGCAAACUAUAUAGUAGAAAAUUCCCCAUGCAUUACGCCACGAAUGAAUUACGCAAAAUGAAUCUUACGCUCCUAACUUUAGUGUUAUAGACUCUAAAAGGUUAAGAAACUCAAGCUCUGUCUCACUCGUAUCCCUGCUUCUUGUGCCGUCAGUUAUCAGAAGCAGGAAGCGCUCAGCUGCGCAGCAUCCUGUCUCCCUCGUCCGCCUUCAUCCUCACGCAACCACAAUUUUGAUCUUUUUUUUUUCAUUGCAAACGAAGCAUGAACCAUCUGAUCAAUAAUGAAAUUUCCCAAUGAAAUCAUUUGACCUGAAGCGCUGACGUCGGAGCACAGUCGCUAAAGUUGUUCGCCGGAUAGUGACUCUCAAUAGCUGGAAUUUGCUCCUCAAAGCGUUUCAAGAGGAUAUAUCAUUUACUUGGAAUAAGGGUACGGGUCUUAGUAUAUCGUUGCUUUUGUAUUCCUGUUAUAUGUUGGUCUGAAAUUUUCUUUUCCUAUUUGUUUGAAAAUAAAUAUGACGGUACGGUUGAUUUUUCUACUGCUCCAAAACUUUUCAUUUUAUUUGAGUUAUUUGUAUGAUUAAAUUUAGUUAGCAUUUCUGUUUGCAUUAGGAGUAGGCCUAAUAUUCUGUACUACACGCCUGACUUCUGCCUGAUCCCACCGGCUUAGUGCUGCGCUCAGCUCUGAAUAAAUCAAUGCUGUAAAGCACAGUAAUUUAGAAGCCUUUUAGUCAUGACGCCGGAGUCGCUUCAAAAGCUCCGUGGUACGCCUGAUCUUGAUUUGCGAUCAACGUUGUGUGUUUUUCAAUUCACAACACAGCCUUCUUGUACACCAACCGUGUGAUCAGUCUCUGGCUAGUUCGUCUGAUUAGGACUGGCCCUUGGUUCAAUAUUUUAUGACUCACAUCCGAUGUCAGAGUGGAUAUCCCAUUAGGCCGUAUGAUUCAAGCGUUCUGAAUAAUUUGUAACACGUAGGCAAACUCGCUAUUUUUCAUGCAAACAUUUAUCAUAAUAUGGCCGUAAAUAAAAUCAUAAUAUGACCGUUCACCCGGAUCACAUUUUUCACCCAGCCCAUUCGAUCACGCUCAAAUCUACUCAAACAGUUAGAACUUGCCAAUAUUUUUAAGAAUUUCGGAAGAAAAAUUAUGAUCGGCAGAGUAGAGAGAGACGUACAACAACGCUCUAUGUAUUCAUCAUACAGUCAUUCUUUAUAUUAUUAAAAGACUAGCUACUCACGCAAAAGGUGUAAAUACUUAGCCAAGACACAUAAUGCAUAAUAAAAGCAAACGUACAACUUUUUCUGUCAAAAAGUUUUCCAUAUUGAAAACCUGUCCACAGCUGCCACAACUUCGCUAACACCUGUGCCGCAGCGCCUGUCGUACAAGCCAGUUCUGCCUCUAAUUACUCUAUUCAGAGUGGUAGUUAGCUCACGUACGUUGCAACGGUAUUCCUGAUACCAGCGAAGAACUUGAGCUCAGUUGAGUUUGCGUUCAGUUAAACCCAAUUAAGUUGUGUUCAGUUUGCUCAUAAAGUAAAUUAUUUCUGAUGUAUUGGCUCUUUAAUAUCAUUAUUGUUAUUCAUGCCUGAAUUGCGCAACAUUUUAUUGCCAAUAGGGAACAAAUUUGAUGACGAGGCUGCGAACACUUGUCACCAUCUGCAUCCGCUGUUCAUUUUGCACCUGUGCAGCGGGGGAACUACCAGCCAGCCCUUGGCGUGAUCAGAAAUUAAGGGACCUGUCAGUGCUAUUUAAUGAAAGAAACAACAUAUGUUCCAGAUUUAUCAUUGAGAAUUUAAUUCCGUACUCUUUGUGUAGAUGUGAGUUAAAAUGCAAUAGAAAGAUUCAACACAGUGAAGCGUUAGCUUUUGUCUAUAUAUACUAUAGUCAUCAAAAUUCAACGGUAUCACUAUUACCACUCGUUCUUUAUUUCCCAGCCGUGUGUGCAACCACACAAAAAGAUUUUCUACCUAUGUCAUUUCCCAUUAUUUAUUCUGUACCGAUUGUUAUUCAACUCGAGGUUUUGUGUAUUUGGUUAAGAGCUUUAAUUAGUAUAAGUAACAAAGAACUUCCUGCCAAAGAGCUGCAUUGCAACAACGCAGUUUUGCCGUGAAUUUUUUUUUAUGUUCUCAGGUUGCAUUUUAUGUUCUAUAUUUAAACUUUCUCUGUAUAUCUUACUUCAAUUUACCAAAACAACAUGGUAAUAAUUUUUACUUUAAAUUCAGUUACUUCAAUGUCAGUUUACAGAGUUUAAAUUUCAACGCCUUGAGCAUUACAGAGGCGUUUUCAUUCAUCAUCAGAAACCCAUAGCUUUAUUUCUGUCGUAAGUUAAGUAUUUUUUUAACCGGUUUCACCGAUAUCUACAAUGCAAUUUGCAAAUGUGGCUUUCUUCCAAGAAAAUCAUAAACAGAUCAGCAACUCAAAUUUACUUCGUUUUACUAGAAUGAGUUGGAUUCAUAUUUCAAAUAAAUUACAGAUAGUAUUGGUUGGUAUGCCGGUGUUGAAGAGGAGACAUUUCGUGAAGUGAUUGCAGUUUAUGCCGUCAUCAUGUUUCGCACAUUCUUAAUCCUAAGAGUAAGCAAGAUGAGAACUUUUCAAGUAAUAAAAAUUUUUUCUUGAGCAGUCAGUCCUUUGUUUAUGAACUGUAUAUAGAUGCAUUUUCAUAAGAUUAUUGAAAUAUUUGUACAGCAUUUGAAAAGCUCCUAUAUGGAGACUGGCAAUGCAUUGGUAGCACGGAUGUUUAGCACUUUUGAAUAUCCAUAGUACGACUGAGCUUAAGAUAUUUUUUAAGGUGACAUCAGGAUACAUUGAACAUAUACUAAUCUGUAAAUAAAAUGUUGAUUGUUUGUAAAUUCUUAUUAUUUAAUUUAUUUUAUUAAGUUUGGUGACUUUUCUUUUGAAAGAUCUGAUGUACAUAACUGGUGGGUUGGAAAUUCAUCGAUGUCUGGGAUCGUGACCUGCCGGACAAACGAAUUACUCUUUAUUAGUAUCGUAAGGAGUGAGGAAUUUAUUGUCAUAAAAUUGUGUUCAUUCAAUUAUCAAAAAAUACAAUUGAAAUCAGGCACUAAGUAACUCAUGUUAUUUAAAAUUUUAAUAAAUUUUGUGUUUUUCUUCACAUGUUUAGUUUUGUUGAUGGUUAUAACGAAUUUAAAUUGAUUGUGAACGCUCCAGGCUCUCUGGUAAUGUAAAGGAAUUCGAAGAAAAAUGUUCAAUUUUGAAACUAAUUUUAGGGGAUAUUUGUUGUAAAUAUCGUCUCUAUUUCUUUUCUACUUAACUAAUAUAAAUAAGGAAAAAAUAUUUUCUUCUUGGCUCUGCGAUGGGAAAUUUUUUUGUUUUUAUUCAAGACUUAUUCCCCAGUGAAGUGUUUUUACAACAAAGAAAUCUUUCAAAUGAUACUUGCAGUCACCGUCAUCAGAUGUGACUGGAAGACAAAGCUGUGCUCGAAGGGUAAUUUCUGAUUGAUUUUCAGGGUAUUUCUUCAUGACUUGUAAUGAAAACUAUUCAUACUAAUUUUCAUGUACUAGUUGAAUAUUAUCAUUAACAAAUCAACAAAUCUUGAUCAACCUCUACUUGAUAUUAAUAGAUUUCUUAUUAUUCUUAACUCAUGAUUAAAUAGAAGCCGAUGAUGAAAUGGAUGACGUGGUGUAACGGCUACCAGGCUGACGCAUGCAACGGCCCUGAGGCGAGGCUCUUUGCUAGACCAUUAAUUAGCUUUGGAAAAGCUUUUCUUUAUUUAUGUUCGUGAAAAUCAGCGAGUGAAGUCUUGUUGAUGUCAAUAGUUGUUCACUUAAUUUCCAGAAUACAUCAUCUAUGAACGAAAAAAUGCAAAAUUUUACUCUCAAACAACUUAACUCUUGUGUGGCUCUGACCGAUGCGACACCAAUUGUUUCUGAACAAUUUAUACUCACUCUUAAUACAAGUUUUUUUUUUCUGUCGGACAAUAUUGAUUUCCACUGCCCCUCGAUAUUAAAAUUUCCCUCAAUAUUUUUGAAAUGUUUCCUGUGAUUUCACUUAUACUUAGGUGAUUUAAAAUAUCACUAAAUAAAAAAUAGCCUUAAAUUUUUCGAGCCUGAGUCGGCCUGGUAACGUUUAACUACGCUGCGUAGGCUGCGUAUACGCGCCUCAUCUCGAACUAUUUUGUCCGCUCAAAACUGACCUCAUGCAGCCAGCGGCAGCGACUCGGGCGACGACCGUCCGGCUCCCGCCCUGCCCCACUUGUAUUCAAGAAAAUACAGUUUAAAAAAUUUCGGCUUGAAUUCUCUGUGAUUACGUCAUAUAAAAUAAAAUUAGAAUAGUAAUACGAAAUAGUUGAGUAUUUUUAUAUACAGGGAAAAUUUACUGCUCGUUAUUUUUUACAAAAAAAAUCACUCAAUGUCGGAUUAACCGACGUUACACGGACAUAAACCGUUUCUCGCCAACAUGAAUCGGAAAUUAGCUGUAUCAGAAAAUUCUCUAAUACCAAAUAUAUUUCAAAACUAACCAAAAGGUAACUGAAGUUCAACAAUAUAUUCAGUUAUGAUGUUCCAGAUAACAACAAAAUCUUUAUCCUGAUUCAAUUUUGUGAAGAAAUAGAGCGUGGGACCGGACGUGGCGUUGCGUUGCUGAUCGCCCAGCGUGUGAGGAUCUCAGGCAUAGCUAGUGUCACCAAAGAUAGUGUAUAAAGGUCAGAAAUGGUUGCUCCAGCUGGGCUUAGCUCCUGCCGCUGCCUUUCCGUCUCUCACAAAUCGAAUACUGUUCUAUUUUUAUUAAUUGUCGUCGCUGAAGAUAUUAACUCAAUGCACAUUUUUCAUUUCCAUGCAUUUGUUUGUUGCAUUUCCGUUCCAGAAAUUCACUCCUGCUUAAAAUAACUAUUCCACACAAAGAAAAAUUCAAAUCUCUCCAUCAAUAGCCAACGGCAAGAACCGUAAUUAAAUUUUUGCUUAUAUUGAAUAUAAAUAUAUUUUUUAUGCAACAUGAAAUGCCGUCUGUCUGUUUUUUGUUUUACUUUUGCCCCGAAGCAAAGGUUGCGAAGAGAUGGGAGAGGCAGCGCGCUAUGGGAGCCCUGGUUUAGGGUUGACUGUAACACCUGUAUGAUAUUGUCGAUAGCACCAGCUUUAUUAGCACACAUGCCUUCUGUACUGACACUUUGUAACGGUCAAUUAAUUACCACUAAACUGACGACAGUUUCAUUUGUAAAUGGUGUACUCAUCUCUUUGCUAGUCGUCUGUCAUGCGCACCACAGUAUAAGAGAUUACUUUAGUACGUAUAUUGAAAUGAUAUUUUAGAUCUAUUUUGUCAUGCAGGAGUUGCUCAGUAAAAUCAAUUUAUCUUAGGCUGAGCUUGAAGAAAUGAUGUUAUAUUUAAUAUCCUUGGAAUAUUUUCGUUACCUCAAUAAGCUAUAAUUUACGGAUGAUCACAGAUUCACAUAUUGAGUUUACCUCUUGCAGAAAAAAAUGUCUUAGAACUCUGAAUAUACUGUUUUAUGAAAUGUUAAUUUAAAGAUUCGAAGGCAAUAUUCAUAAAUUUUUUCCUGUUUCCUUUUUCUUACUCAUUUUGGCCACGGAAACGAGACAGAUUUGAGCGAAUUGAAUUAAUUGCGAUGAAUUUAUCAACCUUAGCUUUGAGAGACCGAACAGAAUCAUUCAGUCAUUCUACGACACGCAUAUUGUGUUCAUGUCUUUUUGUGUUCAUUGUGUAUUGUUAUUUGUGUAUUGUUAUUUUUCGACGUCCAUUUCGUGUUGCAAAGCCUCAAUGAAUGUUAUCAGCGCAUCCCUAUAGUAUUCCCGAUUCUUUUCUAUAGUAAGAUAAGCAAAUUUGUGGAACAAUGGAACACUAAGUUCCAUUGUAUAGCAUGUGAAUAUAUGAACAGAAGUAAUCUUUAAUCAUUUACUCAUCGAAUUCAAGGAAGAACUUGCUGAAUAUUAUAUUUACCAUUCCUCAUUUUUUAGAAAUAAUCCCAGAAGUAUCCUACUCAUUGAAAUUUCAAGUCGUCUUCACUCCUGUACAUGGCUUUCGUCCUGAGAUAACUUAUCGGAGAAAACUAACUGCCGGAAGGAAAUUAAGUUAUUAACUUACUUGGAAUAUAUCUCGUACCAGCAUUUAGAAUGUAUUUAAUGAAUUUCCUUUUUAUCCCAACUAGCUAUCAUUUACACGUGAUGGUCGAUGCCGAUAUUCUAAUAUGUUAUGCAGAGCAAUGGAAGAUCAACAGCAUUGCAGAGUACCGAAUUCAUUUAAUGUAUUUCUUGUUGUACAGAUAACUGUUUAUUAUCCCGUAUCCAAUCAUGCUUCGUCAUGCACUUAAGUACAUAACUUAGUUGUUGUUGCUUUUAUUUAUUUAACUGUGUAAUUAGUGCUUGCACCCGAGGAUUGUGAUUUCGUCACGCUGAAAGUUUCGCCUUUUUUUGUAACUGAAUUUUCAUUGUCUACCCUAGUCGUGUUGAUUUAGACGUAAAAGCCGUAGUAAAAUAACUUAGCGACUUACAUAUGUAAAUUAUUAUUUUCUUACAUGUGUAAAUAAAUUUGGAAAUGUG